AUGGCUUCCAGCGACAUCAACGGUGGUCCGCCAGUGACUUCCGCAAAGAUCAAUGGCGUUGUGCCAGUAGCUUCAGACGCCCCAGCCUCCCGCCGUGGUAAGCCUCUCCCGAGCUCAUGGGUUCCUCUGUACGCAGAGCCACUCCGGACAGCUACGCGGAAAGUGAGAAUGGUGGUGGUGGGAGCCGGCUUUGCAGGUCUAUCUCUCGCAUACAAGAUUUACCACGAAUACAAACUCGAAUCCAUCAUCGAGCUCGUCAUCUACGAAGCAAAUCACGAUCUUGGUGGCACCUGGUUGGUGAAUCGUUAUCCUGGAGUGGCCAGGUCAGUUACAAAUCCCUUCUACUUCUCCCGACUUAACACUGACGACAGUCCACACAGUGACAUUCCUGCCCACAUCUAUACGUUUCCCUUUGAGCCGAAUCCCGAGUGGAGUGCAUAUUAUGCGACUGGGCCAGAAAUUUGGGAUUAUAUGAAGAGAACGGCCAAGAAAUAUGACCUGGAGAAGGACGUCCAUUACAACCACAGACUGACUGAUGCACAUUUCGAUGAGCAGCUAGGUCAGUGGAACAUAAAAGUCCAGAAUGGGGACACGGUGAUUGAAGACAAGUGCGACAUCCUGGUGUCCGCCAGUGGCCACCUGAGUCGCUGGCGUUGGCCUUCUAUCCCGGGGCUGUCUUCGUUCAAAGGGUUUCUCGUCCACUCCGCUCAAUGGGACCACGACUUCAACUACGCUGGAAAGCGCGUGGCCAUCAUCGGAAACGGCAGUUCUGCAAUCCAAAUCCUCCCUCAGGUUGCCAAAGUGGCCAGCCACGUCACCAACUUCAUCCGAGGCCCGACCUGGAUCAUCCCGGGUCUGGGAAACAAGAUGAUCGGCGGAAAGGAAAACCACGUCUACACCGAAGAAGAGAAAGAAAACUUCCGCAACAACCCUGAGGCUUUGAAGGCCUAUCGAAAACAGAUUCAACACGGCUCCAACCAACUCUUCUCGGUGUUUAUCAAAAACUCGGCAGCCCAGGAGAGACUAUUUGAUGCCGCGAAGAAGCUGAUGACGGAACGCCUGGGUGGCAACGAGGAGCUUGCAGAAAAGUUGAUCCCGAAAUGGGAGGUCGGAUGUCGACGGCCGACUCCAGGGCCGGGAUACUUGGAGUGCUUCACCAAGGACCACGUAUCGCUGGUGAUUUCCGACAUUAGCGAGAUCACCGAGACAGGCAUCAAAACGGCUGAUGGAAAUCUCCAUGAGUUCGACGUCAUCGUCUGCGCCACGGGCUUCGAUGUCAGUCACCGCCCUCCCUAUCCGCUGGUCGGGCUUCACGGCACCAAUCUGGCCGACAAAUGGAAGGACGAGCCCGAAGCCUACCUGAGCGUAUGUGUCGAGGGCUUCCCGAACUUCUUCAUGUUCAGCGGUCCCAACGCCCCCGUCGGACACGGGUCCCUCAUCAGCGCCCUGGGCUGGACCGCCGACUACAUCCUGAAAUGGGCGCAGAAAAUCGCCGAAGAGGACAUCAAGUACGUCGACGUCCGAGAGGACGUCUCCGACGAGUUCAACACGUACGCGGACGAGAUCCUUCAGACCACGGUCUGGACGGGCGGGUGCAGGAGCUGGUUCAAGAACCACACCGUCGACGGCAAGGUCGUCGCCGUCUGGGCCGGCAGCGGUCUCGCCUACUACGAAAUGCUCGAGAGCCUGCGGCCGGAGGAUUUCAACAUCAAGUACAGAAGUCGCAAUCGGUUCCGCUUCAUGGGCAACGGGACGACCAAGAGAGAGGGGAGGCCGGAUGAAGAUCUCGCGUGGUACUUGAAGAAGUGA